AUGUCGGAUAUCAGCAUCGACCCUACUCUUUUCAGGAGAAGACUCCAUCUGAUACAGAAGAAUAUAUUUUCAAACGAGUCGUUCCAGAAAGUAAAUGGUGUUUUGAUUGCAGUUGGUUCCUCUGAUGAGGCAAAUACUUAUCAAAAAUCAACAGUUUUACACACUUGGCUAUUGGGCUACGAAUUUCCUGCAACUUUGAUGUACAUAACUAAUAAGAAGAUAUACUUUGUCACCUCAAUUUCAAAGGCAAAGUAUUUACAACCUUUAAUUAACUCAACCAAUAAUCAGAAUCUUAUAAUAUUUUCCAGGAACAAAGAUCCUGAGCAUAAUAAAGCACAAUUUGAGAAGUUUAUUGCAGAGAUAGAUGCGUCUAUUGUUAAUCCAGACAAUAAGUCGAUAGGAGUUGUAACGAAGGACAACUACCAAGGAAAGUUUAUGAAUGAAUGGAGCCCUUUAUGGGAUGAGGCAAAAUCAAAGUAUGACUUGAAAGAUAUUGCAUUAGGAAUUUCUGAGACUUUAGAACUUAAGGAUGAAGAAGAACAAAAAUAUUUAAGAACCGCUGCAAGGGCAUCUGUCAAUAUGAUGAAUUUUUUCACUGAUGAAAUGUCUAAAAUUGUCGAUGAAGAUGCAAAUGUUUCUAAUUCAAAAUUGGCCGAUAAACUAGAAGGCAAAAUCGAUGACGUUAAAUUUUUCAAAAAUAUGGAAAAUAACAAGUUGAUGAAAAAACUCGGAAAAGAUUUUGAUCAGAAUAAUUUGGAUUGGUGUUAUAGACCAAUUGUACAAUCCAAUGGUAAAUAUGAGUUGAAAUUUUCUGUGGAACCAACCAAUGAUAAAUUGUCAGGUCCGGUUAUUAUGGCUUCUUUAGGGCUAAGAUAUCAUAAUUAUUGUUCGAAUGUUUCAAGAUCCUUCCUUAUUCAACCUUCAAAAGAAAUGGAAAAAAAUUAUGAAUUUUUAGUUUCUCUCCAGGAACACUUAUUUCAAUAUUUAAAGGAUGGUUCGAGGUUUAAUGAAAUUUAUAACGAGGCAAUUAAAUAUAUUGAUCAUCAUAAUUCUUCUCUCAAAUCAAAUUUUGUUAAAAAUAUUGGUACUUUAAUUGGUAUUGAUUUUAGGGAUUCAGCAGCAGUUAUAAACUCUAAGAAUGAGAGAGUUUUAAAGGAGAACUCGGUUGUUAACUUAGUUUUAGGAUUUAGUAAUUUAAAUGAUGAGGAGAAAGGAUCAUAUGGUUUGUUAUUAUCCGAUACAAUUAGAAUCACGGGUUCUGAACCCAUUCUAUUAACCGAAUCUCCUAAAAUCAAGAAAGAAAUUGCAUUUUAUUUUGAUGAUGAUGAAGAAGUAGAUUCUAAUAUAAAAAAGGAAGAUGGUAUUGGGAAUGGUAAGCCUGUCCAACAGAAAAAGGAGAAGAACGUAAAGUCUGAAUCUCCUGCCGUCAAAACCGAAAAUUAUGGAAAUACUCGUGUGUUGAAGGCUAAGCGUAGAGCAGAACAAAAUAAUUCCGAAGAAGGUCAAUCUCAAAUUCAAAAGGAAAUACAAGCUGAACUACAUGCGAAACGUCAAAAGGAAGGGUUGGAACGAUUCAACCCAGAAGACGCAAAAGAUGGGAGCGAGUCACGUGCAGUUUUCAAGAGAUACGAAUCCUAUGUCCGGGAAUCUCAAAUUCCAAAUAACGUGAAGGACUUGAAGAUUCAUAUAGAUUCAAAGAACCAAACUAUCAUUUUACCGAUAUUAGGUCGUCCAGUUCCAUUUCAUAUAAACUCUUAUAAAAAUGGUUCCAAGACCGAAGAAGGUGAUUACACUCAUUUACGUUUAAAUUUUAAUUCACCUGGUUUGAUGAUUAGUAAAAAGGAGGAAUUACCUUACGAACUAGGAGACGAUAAACAAUUCAUUCGUAGCUUAACAUUUCGUUCCAAAGAUGGGGCUCGUAUGACUGAAGUUUUGAAGAGAAUCUCUGAGAUGAAAAAGGCUGCGGUUAAACGUGAAUCUGAGAAACGUGAAAGAGCUGAUGUUGUAUCUCAAGCACAAUUGAUAGAGGUUAAUAGGCCGAAAAGAUUGGACAAUGUUUUCGUUCGUCCGACACCAGAUACCAAGCGUACCCCAGGCUUUGUUACAAUUCAUCAAAAUGGUAUCCGUUAUCAAUCAUUGACUAGGGACCAGAGAGUUGACGUGCUAUUCAGUAAUAUCAAACAUUUAUUUUUCCAAUCAUGUAAGGGUGAACUACUUGUCAUUAUUCAUGCUCAUCUACGUACUCCAAUCAUGAUAGGUAAAAAGAAAACAUAUGAUGUCCAGUUUUACAGAGAAGCAACUGAUAUGUCAAUUGAUGAAACCGGUAACAGGAAGCGUAAGUACCGUUAUGGUGAUGAAGAUGAAUUAGAGCAAGAACAAGAAGAAAGGCGUCGUCGUGCAAUGUUGGACAAGGAGUUCAAGGCGUUUGCAGAAUCAAUUGCCGAAAUAUCUAAUGGCUUGGUUGACUUGGAUAUUCCUUUCAGAGAGUUGGGAUUCCAGGGUGUUCCUGGUAGAUCAGCAGUUGUUUGCUUGCCUACACGUGACUGUCUAGUUCAGCUUGUUGAUACUCCAUUUAUGGUCAUCACUUUAGAAGAGGUGGAAGUUGCUCACCUUGAGCGUGUUCAAUUCGGUUUGAAAAACUUUGAUUUGGUAUUUGUAUUUAAAGAUUUUUCUCGUCCUGUCGUUCACGUUAGUACUAUUCCUAUGGAGAGCUUGGAAGAUGUGAAGGCAUGGCUUACUGACGUUGAUAUUCCAUUCAGCGAAGGUCCUGUCAAUUUGAAUUGGCCAACAAUUAUGAAAACAAUCAAUGCUGAUCCCUAUGGAUUUUUCCAAGAUGGUGGUUGGUCCUUCCUUGGCGGAGGCGAAGAUAGUGAUGAGGAAAUGGAAGAAGAAUCAGCUGAGUCUGACUUUAACCCUAGUGACGCAGAUCCUGAAGAUGAAGAAGAUUAUAGCGAAGAGGAUUACAGCGAGGAUGACGAUGAUGGCGAUGCGAGUGUCAGCGAAGAGGAAGAUGACGAAGAUAUCGCAGAAAGUGAUGUUUCAGAUGAAGUUUUCAGUGAUUAA